CUAUCGUAUUUGGAUUCACUUUCCACAUUGACUGUAUCAACGAACGCUACGGGAGUCCGCCGCAGCCGGCGUAGGUUCAGUUAGCAGCAGUUCGCACAGCGAGAAGUAUCACGAUGGCUGAUAUUUCAAACGAAGAGCUACGUAAAGAGAUCACCGCUAUCCUUAAGGAUGCAGACCUUACAACUAUGUCUGCUAAGAAAAUAAGGCUACAAAUUGAAGGAAAAUUGGACAUAGAUCUUACCGAGAGGAAAAAAGAAGUGGACAGUUUAGUCAUGGAGUGCUUACAAGAAAAGCAAGAUGGAGCUAAGAAGAAGAAGAAGAAGACUGCCAGCGAAGAAUCCGAGGAUGGUGAAGAAGAAGAGGAAGAGGGAUCCGAAGAAGAGGAGGAAGAAGAAGAAAAGAAACCGGCCAAAAGAGGUCCUGUAAAGAAAGCAGUAAAUAAACGUAAAAAAGCAUCUUCCGAUGACGAAGAAAGUGCAAGCGACGAUGAUGCUAGCGACGAAGAAUACAGUCCAAAGAAACCAAAAGCUACCCCAAAGAAGACAGGUAAACCUGGAAAGAAAGGGAAGAAGAAGGGUAGCGAUAGCGACAGCGACGAAGAUUGGGGUAAAAAUAAGAAAGCACAAAGUGGUGCAGCAAAGAAAGGUGGCGGUGGCGGUGGCGGUGGUGGUAAAGGUAAAGGUGGCUAUACUCGAGCCAUUACAUUGUCUCCAGAGCUUGCUGCUGUCGUUGGUGCCGAACAAAUGGCCCGACACGAAGUUGUAAAGAAGGUUUGGAGUAUCAUCAAAGAGAGGAAUCUUUAUGAUCCGAAGAACAAACAGUUCGCAAUUUGCGACGAUGAAUUAAUGAAAGUAAUUGGAGUAAAACGUUUCAGAACUUUCGGUAUGAUGAAGUACCUAAAAAAUCAUUUUGUAGAUUAAGUCAUGUAUGAAUCAUGAUCUCUGACAAGUUAUAAACAUUGUAUAACAUAUUCCAAGGAUGCGAAGUGCAUCUCUCCAUCUUUCCACACGAUACAUACAUAAAUACAUAGACAUAAAAACACAAACAUAUUUCUUGCGACUUAAGACGUUAGCCAUGUUUACACCAUUCCGAUGUACUCUGUUGUCCAUGGUAGCUGCUUUGUUUCGCUAAAUGUUCGCAGUGUAGUACUUUAAUUUAUGGGCAUUAUGAAAAGCGUGGCUCGUUAACAUUGUUAAAAGGCUGUCCAAACUGUGUACGCUGACGACUGGACCCACAAAACAGUAGCAAACCAACAUGUUAGAUUCGAUCGACGCGACGUUGGGACAAAUUAGAAAGAAAGGGCUGGUACCAUGGACGUUCGGACGAGUUCGAAAUGUGGCAAACAAUUAAAAUGGCCGAUAGUCAAUAAGCUGGUUUUAAGUCAAUGUAUUCAGGAUUAAGGUUCAAUGGUUUGCCUGAUGGUUCUUCUAAACAGCAGCAAACCCCCAUUUUACCAGGUAUGAAAAUACAGUGUGCCGUUGUGGCAGGAAAGUCAAAGCAACGUAAAGAGGUCUUUGAAAUCAUUUUAAAAGUGACCUUUUUUUAUUUUUUACUGUUUAUUUUAUUAUGUGACAUUAAUUUAAAUGCUUUCAACGAUUGGAAAAAAUAUUAAUGGAGCUCUACUAGAUUUCAUUUUUUUUAUUUUAAAUUAUAAGCUGCCACUCAAGUAUCACACAAUAUUUUCAUCCUCUUUUGAUGUCUGUUAUUUUUCACCAAUGGAUGUAAUAGGGCAAAAUUCAUUUUGUUAACAAAAAGGAGAGAGAGAAUAUGAGGUAAAAUUAAUUUUAAAAAAAA